UAUCAGAGGAGAAACACUCGUCAUUUCGAUGUAAUCACGAGUAGUCGCGUUGCUACAGGGCUCAUUGUAGUUCGCCACGAAAGCCCUUUUCAGUGCCGUUUCAAAUGUAGUCGCUUUCGUAUUCUUAUGUCAAAGGCAGAUUUCUGAGCUUCGAGAGGAAAAUCGAUGUUAUCAUCAGUUGCGGUCUAGAUCAAUAAAUCGACCGUCGCCCGCAACUUUACACAGUCCUAUCCCGAUGGGUUGAGUAGUCGACAUCGCGUCUUCGUGGUCAUACCACUAAGUCUGGUUUAAGAACAUAAGUGCGAAACGGGUGUCUACCCAGAAGAAUAAAGCGGCAAAAAUAACACUAAAUGCCGACUCCGGGCCCAGACGUUGGAGCAACAUCACCAUAACAACCUGGUCCCUUAACCUCUUUGAUGGUCACUUCUCCACUAGAAAAGAUUACAUACACUCAUUGUCACUUCAUUAUUAUUAAAUUCCUAAACAUCUUCUUCAUAUCUUAGUUUAUCUUGUUUAUUAUUUAUUUCAACUCGAGCUGAAGAUGAGCAAGAUUCUGAAAGUAGUGGGCGCCUCAUGGCUGCAAACGAAAAUUAGUUCAUACGUCCUGGGUAUACUUGGUGUACUCGCUAUCUUGGCGCUUUUUGCGGGACAGAUGGAAAGAAGUCAAGAGGAUGGUAACUACGCAGCCACUGUAUUUUAUUCGGAGAAAACAGGAUAUCACAUUGAAUAUUGGGGUCAAAGCAACGACCUCGCCGUGAUCCCUAAAGGAGUCGCCCGUGCUUAUUUUCGAAUGGACAUUGAUACGACAGGUUGGUCAAUUUUGGAAAUAGAAACUGAAGGUUCGUAUCACGAUGAGAUUCAAGCUUAUGCGGCAGGCAUCGUCGAAGGGGCACUGACCUGGUACUUAAUUCACACACAUUUAGAAAACACUAUUAGAUAUCAAUGUGACAAUACACCUAUAGAGAAACAGUGCAACAAACUUAGGGAUGCUUUGACGAGAUCGCUUGAAAUUUGGAAGAAUCGCGCUUCGGAGCUUUCUGAUAUCGAUCCAUUUUGGCACCACGUGUCUUUACAUUACACUCAAAUAAAUGGGAUACUAACCGGAUGGAGGCAUGGAAUAGAACGCAGCAUGGAACCAUACGAUAGUGAUAUUUCUGACCUAUUAUGGCUGAAUUCAGUGGCCGAGGUUACAGAGCUGCAGCACAAACUCAACAUUUCAUUGGAAGAUGAGAUGUUGCAGUCUAUCCCUGAUAUCUCAAGUGCUUUCUUGAGAAUCGUCAAUGGAACAGGCGAUGAAGGCCCGAAGUUGUUUAUGGCACAAAACGCAGCUGGGCGAUAUUCAUCGAUGACUCGAAUUUUGAAGAGAUACAAAUUGAACUAUCACAAGACAUCAAAGGAGGACUCUGAAUCGGUACCGGGAACGUCGAUCGAUUUUUCAAGUUACCCCGGAUCUAUUACCAGCCAGGACGAGUUCUAUCUUGUGAAAGGGAAUAAACAUCGAAUGGCAGUUGCUGGAACCGCAUUGAGAAACUACAAUAACAAGCUCUGGCAGGAAGUCAACAUUACUGAGCAAGUUCCCGCUGGACCUCGUAUAACUGCUGCGAACCAUCUGGCCACCAACGUAAGCUCUUGGGGCCAUAUCAUUGCCAAAAACAAUUCCGGAUCCGCAUCGAAGCAGUGGCUGAUCGUCGACCUCAAUAGAUUCGAUACCCUUUCUGAACACCACGAAAAACAAAGGCACGGACACAGUGAAGUUGUCACCGAAAUUUCAAAUGAUGUAAAACACACGAUAUAUCGAUCUAACAACAGUCAUGGCAAAGGCCUGGUGGAAUUGGUGGAACAAGUCCCUGGGCUCACGCACUCUGCGGAUAUUUCUGAUGCCUUCUUUGAAAAAGGUUAUUGGGCUACGUACGGAUUGCCUUUCUUCAAAAACGUAGCUGAAAAAACGCAUAUCAACAAAAUGGAGGCAUUGCACGGCAAGAUAUUUUCGGAAACCGAAUCACCGAGAGCUGUCAUUUUCCAAAAAGGUUACAUAAAUGCAACGACCGCCGAAGAAAUCAUUAAACUAAUGAGACAGAACAAUUUAACUGAAAAUCAUCGUUCUGAGAACGAUACCGUGGAUGUUGGUGACAUUAAUGAGUUUGAAGCAAGUGGGUAUUCAACAGUAAUGGGAGUUAGAGGAGACAUCGUCGACCAUCAUAAGAAGCCAUACGGUAUUAUCGAUACAAAAAUUAUUUGCGCAACUUGGAAUAAGACACCUGUAGAGUUCAUUGCUGUGUCCGGGCCGCCUUACACAGAAGUCCAAGCUAAUGCAACAGAGCUUCGAAUCAACAAAGGGAAUCUGGCACCGAUUUACACAAAGGAAUUUGAUAAUCAACCGACCAUUAACAGUAUCGAGAUAAGAGACCUCGUGAAACAACAGAUAGAAGAAGCGAAACAGGAAACGCUGGAUGAAUUCAACAAGAACAUAGUCCAGCCCUUCGACUGGUCGAAAAGCGAUUUCGUCAACGACACACAUCGAGGGCUACCAGACAAGUGGGCGUUUGUAUCAUUCAAACCAAACUGGUCCUGGUGAAUCUCCGUAUCACACAUUCAUAAUAAAAUAUGUACCUUGUAUAAAUAAUUUUACAUUCGUUUUUAUACCACUUUAGGUAAUUUUUUAUCUUUUUAACAUCACAUUUUGUUUACACUUUUUUCUUUUGCAAUUAACAUAAACAUUCAACAUUCUUAGUAAAGUCAAUUGAUUUCCUAGUGUUGUUUCCGUCCAAGUUGUACUUCGUGUAUCUCGCUGUUAUUGUAGUUAUAUUUAGAGGAAAAUAAUUUUAAUUCAAUGUCACUAAAGGACUUGUUCCAUAAUCUCCAAUUGAUUGACCUUCAUUUUAAUUCAGGGAAAUUUUAAAAUUUACCUUUUUGAUCGCCAGAAGCUAUGAAGAAAACUCAACAACUUAGCUUCUAUAUAAUAUGCUGCUAUGUGUUUGGCGAUUGUGAAAUAAACCCUUUAAGACUUAUUUAUUCAAUUUGUGUCAGUGUUGUUCAUGUCUAUUUGGAUAUAGGUUGAUUUACUUAAUGUUUUACAUUUCCUUCACGCGACACCGCUUAAAUCAUAUUUCAUUUUACUUUUAGCUUAACGUCUCUGCUGUGAGCAAUUGUUACAAAAAAAUUAAUGAUAAUUCGCCCCAAAAAAAAA